UCAGACUCAGAAGUCAGAAGUCGGAACCAGAAGGAGUGUUGGACUAGUGUGAAGAAUCAGACAGAAAUGGCGGACCAAAAGAAACAGAUGCGACUCCCAAACCUCCCCACGGAGGUCAUACGCGAGAUUCUUGGGUGGCUUCCCGUGAAAUCCCUAUGCCGAUUCAGGUGUGUAUCAAACACAUGGCUCUCUCUAAUCUCUGAAUCCCACUUUGUGAAUUCCCACUUCAACAAAGCCUUUGAGCAUGAACAUGUAUUCCACCAAAGACGAAGAGUCCUCAUUAGAGAUGCUUGGCUAUGCCGCCUUUUCAGUCUCAACCUUGAUGAGUGUCUCAAUCACGUAAAUAUUGACGAUGUUGGUGAUGAUGUUUUAGUUGUACCCACUCAACUCAAGCGUCGUAGAUUUACUAAGUUCGUGUUUUACUGCAAUGGGUUGUUGCUGUUGAAGUCGUAUUAUGUGCUUUAUUUGUUAAACCCUGCAACCAAGGAAACCAAGAUAGUACCAAACCCACCAGAGCUAUAUAUGUGGUCUAAUGAGCUGUAUGGGUUUGGAUUUGAUCUGUCCAGUCUAGAUUACAAGGUGGUUCAGGGCGAGUUCUUUGAAUUUGAUCUUGGGUUUAGUGUUUAUUCAUUGAAAACCGGGUCUUGGCGAGCGAUUGAGAAGCGAUAUCCAUAUGAAAGUUUACAACCUGGUAUGCAGGGGAGACUGCUGAAUGGGAGUAUUCACUGGUUGGUUUGUAGAAACUACAAUGAUGUGCCAUCCAUGGUUCUCUUGUCUUUUGUUUUAGCAGACGAGGAAGUGCAAGAGAUUCCACUACCGCCUGAUUUCCUUGUUGAUUUCAACAUUGAAGAUGAAACGUAUUUUCUCGACGUGUUCCAGGAAUGCCUGUGUGUGGGAAAGAAUGAUGCUUUUGAGUUUUGGGUCAUGAAGGAAUACGGAGUGAUGAAAUCUUGGACUAAAAUAAGCAUCUCCUUUCCAUGUACUGAAGGGCUACAUUCUGGUUUCAUGAAGAAACCUCAUCAUCUGUUGCUGGAUUUGCACCAACACCGUCUGGUCAUGUACAAUUUUGAUGAUGGAAGCUCUCGAAAUCUUUCAGUUGGGAAAAGUUCCAAAGUUGAUUUUGUUGGGUGCUACUUGGAGAGCCUCGUCUCGCCUAAUCACUAUCAUAUGACUGAUGGAGAACAUUAAGCAUGAAGCAGAUGUUGAGAUGAUAGAAAUGACCACUGAAGACCUUGUGUGGCAGGCUUUCCACAGAAUUAUAUAUGUAUCUAUGAGACCGAGUAUGGAAUUCUGUUUACUCACUUUAAAUUGAGUACCGUUUCCCUCCUUUUCCUGCUAGGAUUGGAAAUCCUGUAUUUUACAUAUCCAUAUGAUCGAGUCCUUGGGUUUCCGAAAUACUGUAAAAAGAAAUGCUUCAAAUCAUUGCUAUUUGACUGGAAAUUCUACUCUCACUGGAGGAAAUGAGCUUGAAGACUUGAGACUCGGCUGGUUUAGCUGUUGUGAUGCACAAAGUUGUUCGCAUGAUUUUGUAGGGACAAUGCCAUGCAAAUUGGUUUCUCAGUACACCUCAGUGCUGCUGAUCUUUACUUAAUAUGUUCCAGCUCCUUAAAGACUAAUGAAGCAAUUCAAAUGAAACUUUGUAGGUCUGAAAUUGUUGCAAUUCAUGUACUGGUUCGGAAUAUUUUCAUUUUUUCUUUAUUAGCUAGUGCUUGGUGUGUAUUUUGGAGGGAGCUGAAGUUGAUGUUAUGAGUUAUGACCAUGGUAAGUGUGGGUUUGAAAUGUAUUUAACAUUUGGAAAUGCUUUUACCGACAUGCAUGCUAUUUCAGGAACACA